UGAGAUAAUAGAAGUACUCAUAAAGCACAUUGCAACAGCAUAAUGUCGACUAAAAUCAUGCUCAAGUGUUGCUCACAAUUUUAGUUGCAUUCGGGUUGCGUGAGCGUUAAGUCAUCGGAAAAUCGCCUUAGGUAUAGACGACGGUUGUAAGUGAUUGUGGUGGUUGUUGUGCCGGUUUUUUGGGUGUUUCGCACAGUUCGUGAUUGCUGCAAGGAGCGACGGUGACGUACUUAUCUAUAGACUCGCUUCAUUACUUAUUUGUACUUAUUGAUUUGAAUGUUAUUGUUGCUGUUUAAACGAAUUUCGCACAAAUCACGGCGUUUUCAUUCUGUGUUACACAAUCGUUUGACAUUUGCAUGAAGGAGAUGUGGCGUUUGACAGUAUGAUCCACAACGAGCGAAAGCAAUAAUUUAAAAGCAGCAUUAUUGAUAAUUGUAUUUUCUUUAAUCGCAAGUUAUUGUCGAAACAUUUGUGCACUAAUUUUGUGCAAAUACAACAAGUGUUCGCUUUUUGCGAAACUUGUUGAAUAAUCUUCAGUAGUAGUCAGCACAAGUGUUAGUAAUUCUUGCGUCUGCUACGACUCACACGUGCUAACAUCGAAGUUCACAUACAUUUUCAAUAAUUACCUUCGAGUCGCAGACGUGCCUAUCAACAUUUUUCAUUUGAGAUUUUAGUGUGAUCAUCUUGCAACAGAUCAUCUUGCACCACCAUAAAAUGGAUAGUUCGCGUAAACCGGAAAAAAUCAAUCCUCGCCGCCAUGCAAAUAUACUGUCGCAACUGCUUUUCAUUUGGGCUAUACCACUGCUUUUUAAGGGCACCAAAAAUGGUUUGACCACUGAUGAUGUCACCAAGUGUAUGCCAAAAGAUUGCUCAGAAGAUUUGGGAGACCGUUUAGAAGAAAAAUGGUACGCUGAAGUGGAGCGCGCACGUCGCAAGGGACGCAAGCCACUGCUACGUAAUGCGAUUCUGCGUACAUUUUGGGUGUCCGCAGUUGUGGAUGGCGCCAUAUCAUUCAUUUACAUGGUUAUCAAAUCACUCAUACCCGCCGUGUUGGCGCAAUUAUUGAUGCAAUUUCAAAAACAAGUAUCUCCCCCCUCAGACCGUCUGGCAAAUGCUACAACAAUAACCGAUAAUAUAGUGAAUGCCACAAGCCGAGCGGUACGUUCCAUUGAUUCAGCCAUGAAAAGCAUGUCUUUGUCGUCGCUGGUGGCUGAUGUUGGUGGUGUGGCUGCAGGGAAUGGUGGAGGAGCAUCAUCUAACACAGUUGACAUCACCGGAAAAUCUGCGACGGAUAAGUUUUUGUUUGCCGAUAACAUCUCUGCUGCAACCGAACAACCGGAAUUCGAUGAUUUCGAGGAUCCAAUUUGGUUUAUGUUCAACAAUAUUUAUUAUUUGGGCACAAUUUUGGUAACAUCCACUCUAUUGGGUUGUUUUCUCAUACAUCACGUGGAUUUGCGGCAACGUCUAUUGGGCGCACGCAUGCGCAUCGCUUGCUGCUCAUUGAUUUACAGAAAGACACUACGUUUAUCAAUGCGCUCUGCGGGCCAAACUCCUGCCGGUUAUCUAAUCAAUCUACUCUCAAACGAUGUUAACCGUCUUGAUUAUGGUUUCAUCUUCAUGCAUUGGAUUUGGAUAAUGCCAUUGAAUGCCAUGCUAAUAUGCUACCUCAUUUGGCUACGCAUUGGUUGGGCCGCAGUUGUGGGCGUGGUUGGUCUACUACUUAAGACCAUACCCGUUCAAACCGGUCUCAGCAAGUUGGCUUCCAAGUUGCGUAUGAAAAUCGCCGAACGCACCGAUGCGCGUGUUGGCAUCAUGAAUGAAUUGGUACAGGGCAUACAGGUGAUCAAAAUGUAUGCAUGGGAGAAACCCUUUCAAGCGGUUGUCGGUGAGGCGCGUCGUCGUGAAAUCAAACAAAUUCGUUAUGCAUCAUAUUUGCGUGGCUUCUACUUGAGUACGAUGGUGUUUACAGAACGUUCGACGCUCUAUAUAACCAUUGCUGCGGCGGUACUUAUGGGUAAUCAAAUUUCAGCCGAUAUCGUUUUCUCUGCGGCCAGUUACUAUAAUAUAUUGCAAUUAGUCGCCGCCAUUUGGUAUCCACUUGCGAUCUCCUUUGGCGCUGAGGCUUUAGUCUCACUAAAACGUGUUGAAUCCUUUUUGCUGCAAGAGGGACACGACGAAAAGGCACGCGGUCUAACACAUAAAAAGAGUGAGCCGAAAACGAGCGAAAGUGGCGUCGCCAAUGCCAUUGUACUCAAACAGGUGAAUGCGAAUUGGGAUCUGACGAAACCGCAGCAUACAUUACAGGAUAUUAAUUUGAAGAUAAAACGUGGACAAUUAUGCGCUGUUAUUGGACCAGUGGGCGCGGGCAAGAGUUCAUUGCUGCAAUUACUGUUAGCCGAACUGCCAAUAACAGAUGGCGAUGUUGUCAUACAUGGCGAACUGUCUUAUGCCGCUCAGGAGCCUUGGCUUUUUACCGGCACUGUGCGCAAUAAUAUACUCUUUGGCGAGCCGUACGAUCGCAAGCGUUAUAACGAGGUUACGAAAUGCUGUGCGCUAUCGACCGAUUUCCAGCAACUCAGCAAUGGCGAUAAGACAAUUGUAGGCGAACGCGGCGCGUCGCUGUCAGGUGGUCAACGUGCACGUAUCAGUUUGGCACGCGCCGUUUAUAAACCAGCCUCUAUUUAUCUGUUAGACGAUCCGUUAAGUGCCGUCGAUGCGCAUGUCGGUCGUCAUCUUUUCGAUGAAGUAAUUGGACCACGCGGCCGUUUGGCCACCGAAAAGGCAACACGCCUGCUGAUUACCCAUCAAGUACACUUCUUGACCGAAGCCGAUUGGAUUGUAAUUGUUGAAAAUGGACGUAUCUCACGGCAAGGCACCUACGAGGAGUUAUCGAAUAGUGAUUUAGAUUUCGCCAAAUUACUUGAACGCAUCAAAGAUGAAGAUGAAGCGCUGGAGAGUGAAAACGAAUCGAUUUUAUCGCAUGAAUCCACCUAUGAAGAUGAGGAUAUACCGUAUAUGGAUGGUGUGCGUGAUGGUUAUCAACCAUUGCGUCGUACCAGCGCUAAUAAUGAUGGCUCGCUAACAAGGAAAUCGGCAAGUUUGGCCUUAAGCUCAGAGCAGGAUCUCUCCGACGAUUCAGGCUUGGCCGAGGAUCAAGCGAAAGGCGGUGUCUCUGGACGCGUUUGGUGGGAAUAUUUCCGUGCUGGCAGCAGUCUAUGCGGUUUGAUCUUCAUGGUUUGCGUUAUGUUGCUGUCACAAGUGAUUUGCAGUGGCUCUGAUUAUUUCGUAAAUAUUUGGACACAACAGGAAUAUUUACGCUCACUCAGCAGGCCUACUACUUUCACCACCCUCGAGUGUUUGUAUAUUUAUGGUGCGCUCAUUAUUGGCGUCGUACUGAUGACGGUAUUUCGUGGCUACCUCUUUUUCAAAGUCUGCAUGCAUGCCUCCAAAGUGCUGCACGAUCGCAUGUUCGGCUGCAUUCUUCGUACGACGAUGCGUUUCUUUGACACAAAUCCUUCGGGUCGGAUUUUAAAUCGCUUCUCAAAAGAUAUGGGUGCAAUUGAUGAAUAUUUACCGAAAGCUAUUAUAGAUUUCAUACAAAUCGCUUUGGUUAUGUUUGGCAUAUUGAUUGUGAUCUGCGUAAUUAAUCCCAUAUUGCUGUUGGCCAUUUUAAUUGUGGCCAUAAUUGAUUACUGGGUUUUACAGUUGUAUUUGCGGCCAUCGCAGGACCUUAAGCGCUUGGAGGGCAUUUGUCGCAGUCCAGUCUUCUCUCAUCUCUCCGCCUCACUGUCCGGCAUUGCGACUAUACGCGCACGUGAACUGCAAGAAAUUGUCACAAAGGAGUUCGACAAUCUACAGGAUGUGCAUAGCGCCGUAUGGCAGUUGACAAUGUCUUCAAAUACGGCAUUGGGCUUGUGGUUGGACUGUAUAAGCUGUUGCUUCCUUGCCGCGGUGACAUUUAGUUUCACGCUUUUGGGAACACAAACCUUCAGCGGUAAUGUGGGUUUGGCCAUCUCUCAAGCUAUGAUCCUUACCGGCAUGGUGCAAUAUGGUGUACGUCAAGUAGCCGAAUCAUUACAACAGAUGACUAGCGUUGAGCGUGUGCUCGAAUAUACCGAUCUUGAACAAGAAUCAGAAAUAACCAAGCAACCGCCGCCCAGUUGGCCCACACAGGGACAAAUUGAAUUUAAAGAUUUGUCACUACGUUACGAUCCCAACAAUCCGCCAGUGUUGAAGCACUUGAAUAUCACCAUCGAACCGAGCUGGAAGGUCGGUGUGGUGGGGCGCACAGGUGCCGGCAAGAGUUCGUUGAUAGGUGCGCUCUUCCGUCUAUCACACUUGGAGGGUGAUAUCUUGGUCGAUGGUAUUGAGACUGGCAGCAUUUCGCUGGAGUCGUUGCGUUCGAAGAUCUCAAUUAUACCACAAGAUCCGGUGCUGUUCUCGGCCACCAUACGUUACAACUUGGAUCCGUUCGAUAAGUAUGGCGAUGCUGAUUUGUGGCGUGCGCUGGAAGAUGUUGAACUCAAAGGUGCUAUACCCGGCUUGGAUUACAUGGUUACACAACGUGGCAGCAAUUUCAGUGUGGGACAACGUCAGCUGCUGUGCUUAGCGCGCGCUAUUUUGCGCAACAAUAAAGUGCUUGUGUUGGAUGAGGCCACCGCCAAUGUGGAUCCACAAACUGAUGCGCUCAUACAAACCACCAUACGCACCAAAUUCAAGCAUUGCACUGUACUAACGGUUGCACAUCGUCUACACACCGUUAUGGAUUCGGAUCGCAUACUCGUGAUGGAUGAUGGUCGUGCACGCGAGUUCGAUAUACCACACCUGUUGCUGAAGAAGCAAAAUGGCGCUUUGCGUCAGAUGGUCGAUGCUACUGGCGCCGAAGCGGAAUCACUUAAGAAAAUCGCCAGCGAGACUUACAAUAAAAAGCAUCGUACAUGAAGUGUUCGCAUCUAAAUAAAUUGGUGCUGUUUUAAAGAAAUUUUAAUUUAAAACACGUAAUAUUAACGGUGCUUUGCAUUAGCAUUUUUAUAACUGUGUAAUGCUUAAAAAGUAGUUUGGCGCAUGCGUAGUUGAUGAGAAUGUACAAUGUGAGAGAGAACUAACUAACUGCCUUUAUACAUAUAUAAAUAGUAUAGUUUUUAGAGAGUUUUUUUUUAUAACUAUUAUGAAUAGUUGUAGUUAGUGUGGAAUACAAACAUAUUACAUACAUACGUACAUAUAUACUGCAGAAUAUUUACUUUUUUUCGCAUAAUGCAGGAGGUACUCAAUAUUCUUUAACAUUUUUUUUGGUAUUUUUGAAAAUUUUGUUAUAAGUUUUCAAAAAAAAAACAUUCAUAAAAUUUUUUAUUAAAACAUUCAUAUUUUUUUAAACAAAAAAGGUUUGUGCCAAACACAUAAAGCUUAUCAGGCUGGUUCUGAAAUCUGUAUCACAGUCAACAUUAGAGAAAUUUAAAAUCGCGUAUAGUUGUUGUAAACAGUUUUUUUAUUUUUGUUGUAAGAGCGAUUUUUAAAUUUUUUUAUAUUUACAAUUUUUUGACCUAUUUUAUUAUUUUUUUUUUGUUAUUCAUUACUAAGUUUUUAAUAUUUUUUUAUUUAUUUUUUACAAUUUUAAUUAAAUAUCAUUCAUAAAAUUUUUUAUUAAAACAUUCAUAUUUUUUUAAACAAAAAAGGUUUGUGCCAAACACAUAAAGCUUAUCAGGCUGGUUCUGAAAUCUGUAUCACAGUCAACAUUAGAGAAAUUUAAAAUCGCGUAUAGUUGUUGUAAACAGUUUUUUUAUUUUUGUUGUAAGAGCGAUUUUUAAAUUUUUUUAUAUUUACAAUUUUUUGACCUAUUUUAUUAUUUUUUUUUGUUAUUCAUUACUAAGUUUUUAAUAUUUUUUUAUUUAUUUUUUACAAUUUUAAUUAAAUAUCUUGCUUAUUUCAUAAUUAAAUAAUUAUUAAAUUAAAUAAUAAAAUAAAUAAUAAUUAAAAAACGACAAUUUUAGUUGAAUAACAGUUAAAACCUCUUUUAUUAUUAAAAAGACUAAACAAAUUAAAAAACAAUAAUUUUUAGUUAAAAAUUGUAAUUUUUCAGAAAAAAUAUAACAAAGAAUAUUUUAUUAAAAAUUGUUAAGAAACUAAAAAAAAACGGAAAUUCCUUUUAGUAUAUUUUUCCAGUUUUAUAAUUUAGAAUAUUCGAAAAUUAUGAGAUAUUGUUAUAGAAAUAUGCGUACUAAUGUAUAUGUAUGUAUGUAUGUUUAUAGAUUUUCAGUGUAAUUUAACUAAAUUAAAUGCAUUAUAAUGUGUCACAGCUAUAAAAUUAAAUAUUUUUAUAUUCGAAAAAACUAAAUUUUCAUAAGAGAAUCGUGAAAUCAGCUUUUACAAAAAAUGAAAAUUUUAUUUAAUUAUUUAUUUAUUUUUUUUAUUAUUAAUUUUUUCUUCCCUAUACAAAGUAAUAAACACAAACAAUACAAUUUUCGAAAACUUGCCAAAUAAAUAACUAACCGUCUAACAUUAGUAAUACAACUCAAAGAAUUGAUUUAUUGUUUAAAAUACGAACUUCUUUCAAAAUACAGUUGAACUACCUUAA